UCAAACCUACUCCCCACCCACGGUAUCCCCACGCCAUUAUCAUCUCCCUCUCUCUCUCUCUCUCACACACACACAUAUACAUACAUAUACAUACAGAUAGUCAGAUACAUACAUUUAUCUUCUUCUGUUACAAUUAAAAAUCCAAAACCUAAAAAAAUCUCAUUUUAAUAAUAAUGACGGAAGAUGCGUCGGAGAGGAUUGUAUACUUACACGGUGACUUAUAUCUACACAUUAUCGAAGCACGUAACUUACCUAAUAUGGAUGUAUUCACCGGCCACAUCCGCAGUUGCGUUACUUUCCAAGCUUGCCGGAACUCCACCGGCGACGGCAAUGUGACGUCCGACACUAAGUUACGUUCCGGUCGCCGGAAAAUCAUAACCAGUGAUCCUUAUGUUAAGGUGUCGGUACCGCAAGCAACGGUGGCGCGUACGCGCGUGUUGAAGAAUUCUAAAAACCCUAGGUGGAAUGAGAAUUUCAUUAUUCCGUUAGCUCAUCAGCUUGCUAACUUAGAGUUUCAAGUUAAGGAUGAUGACGUGUUCGGUGCUGACGUGUUGGGGACAGUUAGGAUUUCUGCGGAGAAGCUUGCUGUUGGUGAGGUGAUUUCGGAUUGGUUCAAAAUGGAGAAUUCUAGAAGGAAGGAUUCUGAGCUUAAAUUGGAGAUGAGGUUUGUUUCGUGUGACAAGAAUCCGCUUUAUCGACACGGAAUUGCGGGUGAUCCGGCACAUAAAGGUGUAAGGAAUACUUAUUUUCCAGUUAGGAUAGGUUCUAAAGUGACAUUGUAUCAGGAUGCACAUGUGAGACCUGAAUGUAAUUUGCCGAAAAUUGAAUUAGAUGGUGGUAAGGUUUUUAACCAUGAUUCGUGUUGGGAGGAUAUUUGUUAUGCUAUUUCAGAGGCUCAUCAUAUGAUAUAUAUUGUCGGUUGGUCGGUUUUUCAUAAGAUUAAAUUGAUUCGAGAACCAACUAAGCCGUUGCCAAGAGGUGGGGAUUUGACACUUGGUGACUUGUUGAAGUAUAAGUCCGAAGAAGGGGUUCGAGUGUUGUUGUUGGUUUGGGAUGAUAAGACCUCCCAUAAUAAGUUCUUUAUCAACACGACUGGAGUGAUGGCAACUCAUGAUGAAGAAACCAGGAAGUUCUUCAAACAUUCAUCUGUAAUGUGCGUGUUAUCACCUCGUUAUGCAAGCAAUAAACUUAGUUUUUUCAAGCAACAGGUUGUUGGAACUGCUUUUACACACCAUCAGAAAUGUGUGCUGGUUGAUACACAGGCAUCUGGUAAUAAUAGAAAGGUUACGUCAUUUAUAGGCGGUCUUGAUCUCUGUGAUGGCCGUUAUGACACACCAGAGCAUAGGUUAUUUCAUGAUCAAGACACCAUUUUCAAGGAUGAUGUUCACCAGCCAUCAUACCCGGCAGGAACUAAGGCCCCAAGGCAGCCAUGGCAUGAUUUGCACUGCAAGAUUGAUGGUCCUGCUGCAUAUGAUGUCCUUAUGAACUUUGAACAGCGUUGGAAAAAAGCUACGAAGUGGAGAGAAUUUGCACUCCUUGCCAAGAAAAUGGCUCAGUGGCAAGACGAUGCGUUGAUAAAGAUCGAGCGGAUAUCGUGGAUUGUCAGUCCUACCUAUCCUGCUGCAAAACAUGGAGAUCACUCCAUAGUUCCUGAAGACGAUCCGAUAUUGCAUGUUUCCAGUGAAGAUUCUCCUGAUAAUUGGCAUGUGCAGAUUUUUAGGUCCAUUGAUUCCGGAUCGUUAAAAGGAUUCCCCAAAACUGUUGAUGUCUGUGAGGAACAGAAUCUUAUUAGUGCAAAAAGUCUGGUGAUAGACAAAAGCAUUCAGACAGCAUACAUCCAAGCCAUUCGCUCAGCUCAGCAUUUCAUUUAUAUCGAAAACCAGUAUUUCAUUGGAUCAUCCUAUGCAUGGCCUGAUUACAAAGAUGCAGGAGCUGAUAAUCUGAUACCAAUGGAGUUAGCUCUAAAAAUUGCUAGUAAGAUUAAAGCCGGUGAGAGGUUUGCUGUUUACGUUGUCAUACCAUUGUGGCCUGAGGGUGCUCCAGCAUCCGCUACUGUGCAGGAAAUUCUCUAUUGGCAGAGCCAGACAAUGCAAACAAUGUAUAGCAUUGUAGCACAUGAAAUCAAGGUUAUGCAACUGGAUGCACAUCCUGAAGACUAUCUAAAUUUCUAUUGUCUUGGCAAGCGGGAAGAGUUACCUACAGAAAUGAGUCAAGAUCCUGAUGAGAAGGUCUCAGAUUCACAGAAGUUCAAACGCUUUAUGAUAUAUGUGCAUGCUAAAGGAAUGAUAGUGGAUGAUGAAUAUGUGAUAAUAGGAUCUGCGAACAUUAAUCAAAGAUCUUUAGCUGGUUCAAAAGACACAGAAAUAGCCAUGGGUUCGUAUCAGCCUCAUCACACUUGGGCAGCUAAGAAGCGGCAUCCACAUGGACAGAUAUAUGGCUAUAGAAUGUCGCUAUGGGCCGAGCAUCUUGGUAUACUAGAGGAAUGUUACAUGGAAGGAGAGACACUGGAGUGUGUGAGGAAGGUUAAUGAAGUAGCCAAAUCCAACUGGAAAAAAUUUGCUGAUGAUGAGUUUUCAGAAUUGCAAGGUCAUAUACUUAAGUAUCCUCUACAAGUUGACGCCGAAGGGAAGGUGGAUUCCUUGCCUGGCUAUGAGACUUUUCCGGAUCUUGGAGGUAAAAUUAUUGGAGCUCAUUCAACAACACUGCCUGACAUUUUAACAACAUAAUCCCCAACCCUAAUUCCUUAUGUUCCUAUAAUCCUAUGAAUGCUAUUGGUGUAAAGAAAACUGUAUAUGUUGCUUAGUGGGGGGAAGUAGAUGUGUAUUUUGUUGUACAUUAAGAGGUUAGUGUGAAUUGCAUUGGUAAUGUGAUGGUCACUUUUGUUUUUUUUCUUGAUUUUUUGGUUGCUAUUGGAGUAAAGAAUUUAAUGAUUCCAUUCUAUGUAUUUGAAUAUUGUUGAUUGAUUUAGUUUGAAUCCAACUCUGUUAUUUUGGGCA